AUGACGGAUUUUUUAAGAAAUAUUCCGAAACCAUCAAAGAAAUACUACAAUGACUUAGAUGAAAAUAAUAUUAAAGAAAAAAUAUUGCCAAAAAAAGAAGUAACAAAAAAUCAAUGUUAUGAAUAUUUAAAAAGAAAGCAUUUAAGAAUUACAUGUAAUGAGGAUUUUCAAGGAGGGGGUGCUUACCCAGAAAUUCAUAUAAAUCAGUAUCCAAAUAAUAUUGGUUUAAAAAAAACUAAUAAUAAUGAUAUUGUAUUAAAAUAUAUUGAUGAAAAUAAUAAUGUGAAAUAUGAUAAUUUGAUUAAUGAAGAUGUAUAUAUAUAUAACAAUAAUAUAGAUAAAAUUGAACAGAAUGAGAGAAUAAAUAAAUUAAGAAAGAAAAAAAUUUUAUCAGAUACAAAAGAUAGAGAAGAAAAAUAUAAUGAGCCAAUAUACAAACCGGAUGACAAAGAAGAAAAUGAGAUAAUAGAAAAUACAAGAAAAAAUAUAGAAAAUAUACUUAAUGAAAAAUUAAACAAAAGUAUUGUUAAUAAAAAAGAAGAGAAAUAUUAUCGAUAUAUACCUCAAAAUAAACUGAAUAAUAAUUUAGAAGAGAGAAUUUUAAAGGUUGUUGAAAAAAGCACAGAUCCGUUAGAUGUUUCAAAAUUCAGGCAUAAAAAAUUGCCAAAUGUUAAAAAUUCACCUGACUAUCCUUUAUUAAGAUCUCCAACGAGAAAAUUAAAUAAAGAAGAAGAAAAUGACUGGAAAAUACCUCCGUGUGUUUCCAAUUGGAAAAAUAACAAAGGGUAUAAUAUUCCUUUAGAUAAAAGAAUUCAAAGUGAUAAUAAAAAAUUAAACAGUGUUGAAGUAAAUGAGAAUUUUGCACACUUAAGUGAAUAUUUAUAUGUAGCAGAGAAAAAGGCUAGAGAAGAAAUUAGAAUGAGAAAUAACAUUAUUAAGCAAAAAAAACUAAAAGAAAAAGAACAAAAAGAAAAUGUCCUUAAAAAUCUUGCUAUUCAAGCUAGAAAAGAGAAAGGAUUUUCUCACAGUUCUAUUAUAAAUGAAAGAAAAAGAGAAAUUGAAAGAGAAUAUAAAAUAGAAAAAAAUCUGAAAAAAGUGAAGAAUUAUGAAAAUAGGUAUGUUGAAGAACAAAUAGCUUUAAAUAAAGUUAAUGUUAGUAAAAAUAAUAACAUUCAUGAUAUAAGUUUAUUUAAUAUAAAUAAUGAUAAUACUAAUACACAAGACGAUGAUACUUAUCAAAUAUAUGACACAUCUUUGUUUAAUAAUAAAACUAAUUCUCAUAUUUACAAAUUUUCAAAUGAAAGACUAAAGAAAACUUUACAAAAAAUUGAAACAAGAGAAAAUACUGAACCUGUUAAAUUUAUAAAAGACAUAUCAGAUCCAUUUGGUCUUGAUAGUUUAUUGUCUGAAGCAAAAAAAAAUUAA